AUUACACGAACAACAAACUUCCAAAUUUGCACUACUCCAUCAAGAAACAAAACACGUUCGAUAAAUCCUAGAAAUGGCAACAAGCAACAAGGUUGUCCGUCCGGUCACAAACUUCUUCCCAAGCCUGUGGGGAGAUGAAUUCCAGCACUUCGUCUUCGAUAAUGAGGUUGCUGAAAGAUACGCACAGGAGAUUGAGGUGCUGAAGAGACAAGUAAGGAGCAUGUUGAAAAGUAUUCGGAUGUCCGAGCUAGCCGAAAAACUCAACUUUAUUGACACCAUCGAACGCCUUGGCAUUUCGUAUCACUUUGAUGAAGAGAUUGAUGCGAUGUUGAAGGAGAUUUAUAAUGACAAUUCUAAGUUUAAGGUGGGAGAAGAUUUGUGCACUUGUGCACUUAUGUUUCGAUUGCUAAGGCAACACGGCCACAACAUCUCGUCAGGAAUUUUUGAUAAUUUUCAAGAGAAUGGAAAAUUCAAAGACACGCUUUCCAAUAAUGUUGAAGGAUUGUUGAACUUAUACGAAGCUUCACAUGUAAUAGGGCAUAAUGACAACAAUUUAAAAGAUGCUUAUACCUUUUCGCGUAAUCAUUUGGAGGUUGUUGUUCUACAGCUAAAAUCUACUUUGAAAAAGCAAGUGAGGCAUGCACUUGAGCAACCCUUACACAAGGGUAUUCCUAGAGUAGAAAUUAGCUACUUCGUCAGAGUGUAUCAAGAAGAUGAAUCCAAGAAUGAUGUUCUACUUCAUUUUGCAAAGAUGGAUUUUAAUUUGUUACAGAUGUAUCACAAGCAAGAACUCUGCGAAAUGAAGAGGUGGUGGAAGGAGUUGGACUUUGUUACUACACUUCCGUAUAUAAGAGAUAGGGUUGUCGAGUGUUAUUUUUGGUCGGUGGGGGUAUAUUUUGAGGUAAAGUAUUCAAAGGCUCGGCUCAUGCUUGCCAAAUCCAUAAUAAUGGCUUCUGUUAUUGAUGACACAUAUGAUACUUUUGCCCUACCUGAUGAAUUGGAGAUUUUUACCAGUGCCAUACAAAAGUGGGACAUAAGUCAAUUGAACCAUCUCCCAGAUUACAUGAAGAUAAUCUAUAAAGCUCUUAUAGAUCUUUAUGUGGAUUACGAUAAAGAACUAUCAAGAGAAGGAAGAUCUUUUGCUCUUUAUUACACAAAAGAACGAAUUAAGGAACUUGUGAGGGCUUACAACAUUGAAAUAAAGUGGUCUAUUGAAGGAUGCAAGCCACCGGUUGCUGAAUAUUUAAAAAAUGGUGAACCUAGUAGCACUCUUUUCUUGCUCAUCACAUGUUCUUUCCUUGGCAUGAAAUCUGUUACAAAAGAAGCGUUUGAAUGGUCGAGUCAAAACCCUAGAAUUUUUCGGGCCAAUGCCAUCUUGGGUCGUGUGGUGAAUGAUAUAGCUUCCUAUGAGCGUGAGAAAAGCAACGGGCCAAUUACAACAGGGAUUGACUAUUACAUGAAUGAUUAUGGUGUAUCUGUGGAAGAGGCAAUGAACAAGUUUCGUGAAAUAGCUGAAAAUGCAUGGAAAGAUACCAAUGAAGAUAUUCUUCAACCAACUACACCUGCUAUCUCCACUGAAAUUCUUAUGCGCAUUCUCAACUUUGCACGCAUUGAUGAAGUGGUAUAUAUGAAACGACAAGAUGGCUAUACUUACCCUGAGAAAGUUUUGAAGCCAUAUAUCAUUGCUCUUUUUGUUGAUUGCUUUGAAAUUUAAAGUA